UUUCACAUUUUGAAGUUUGAACCAGUCUCUGGCUAUUUCUUAAAACAUUAUCAUUUGCGCCGUAUGUUUCAGAGUUCCAAAUUCGAAAUAUUAUUUUCGGGUAUUUUGUGUUAAAAAUAUACUUCUUAGGCUCUAUUCGAGUCAUCAGAACAAAGAAAAUUCAAUAGAAGAUAAGAAGUUUGAACUAUAGCAAAGAUGACUGAAACUACAGUAGUGCCGACCAGCUCUCCUACUGACCUUCUUGCUGCUGGUCGUCGUGAUCUGGCCGUUCGGGAGUACACUUCUGCAGUUGAACGACUGGCAAAAGCUUGUGAAUUACUGGCUAAGGAACAUGGUGACACUGCAGAUCAAUGUGCUGAGGCUUAUUUAUGGUAUGGUAAAGCCCUCCUUGGAUUAUCAAGGGAAGAAAGUGGUGUUCUUGGGGAUGGAAUGCCAGGAACAAAGAAUGGUGAUGAGGAAGAGGGGGACAGCGAAGAACAAGAGGAGAAUACUGAUGAAGUACCAGAAAAAGAUGAUAAAGGUCAAGGAGAUGAGGCUGAAGCAAUGGAUUCAGAGCAAACAGUUGAAUCAGCAAGUCAAGAGGAGGCUUCCUCUUCAAAGGACAUGGAACAACCUGGCACAUCAAAUGGUGAUGUAAAUGACGAAUCAAUGGCCAAUUUGGACAAUGAAGAUGAUGUAGAUAAUCUUCAGCUUGCUUGGGAAAUGUUAGAUCUCGCAAGAAGCAUAUUGGAGCGCCGUGCGCAGUCAAACGCAGAGGGCACUCGCUCUUUGUUAGCAGACGUUCACCUCACAUUAGGAGAAGUUGCAUUGGAAAGUGAGACAUAUGACAAGGCUGUCAUUGAUAUGAUGAGCUGUUUGGAGAUUCAAAAGGAGCUGUAUUCGAGUGACGAUCGCCGCAUCGCAGAAACUCAUUAUCAAAUUGGUCUAGCCAAUUCUCUGGCCUCGAACUUUGAGGACGCCAUAACGCACUUCAAAAAUGCGGCGAACAUUCUAGAAUCUCGUAUUAAGUCACUAGAGGGUCCUGAACCCACUGACGCAGCUCAAGCCGAGAUCAAAGAGCUGAAGGAACUAUUACCCGAGAUACAAGACAAGAUCCAAGACAUGAUGGAGUAUAAGGCUGAGACCAUAAGAAGAGUGCGAGAAGCCCUGUUCCCAUCGAAUGGUGCAACAUCAUCGCAGAGCAACGGGGCCAGUUCAUCAUCAGAUGCCAAGAAACCGGCCCCGUCAGACAUUUCCCACCUCAUCAAGAGGAAACGUAAACCUAGCGAAAGUGAGGAACCAGCAUCGAAGAAAAAAAAUACAUAGAACCAUUAAAAAUGGACUUGCCAUUAAUUCUUCUAUUGGCAUUCUAUAGGAAAUCGAAAAAUCAAAAAAUUCUACUGGACCAUAAAAAAUGCUUAACUAGAUAUUCUAACAUCUCAAUAAAAGUGUUUUCACAUCUAAAUUAUUAUUAACAAUAUUCGUAUAAUUGAAUGUUUACUAAUUGUUUUUUAACUGGCUUGAGAAUGUCAUAAUAUUAUUUUUCAUAUAUCCAGUACAUUUUAAAUUCCUUCUAAAAAUAAUAAUUUUAAGUUAACAAUUCUACACUUGUUUAAAAUCUCAACAUAAUUCGGCGUAUUAGUGAAAAAAAUUUUCGUUCUGAAGCUUUAAUUUCAUGAAUCGGUCAAUCUCAUGAGAUUUGCCAUGGCCGCGCGGUUUAUCCUAAAAUUAAUAAGCUAAUUAAAAUAAAUAAAUAUUGUAAUACACUACUAUAGUUAGGAUAGCAUUGUUUUCAUGAGACGUAUACAUUUUUUGAUGUUAUUUUGUAAUUAUUUACUAGAAUUUAAGUAUUGCUCUAAUGACUUAUAAUUUCCGCAAUUGAGUUAAAUUUCCUAGAAAUUCAUAUUAAGUUAUUUAAAUGACUGAUUAUAAGUUAUAAAAUUGAUUAACGUGGGCUUACGUGCGUGAUUUUUUUCUAAAAUAUAUAAUAUUAUAAUAGUGAUAUAGUUUUUCAUUCUAAAAUUAUUUUGGAAUAUUCAAUAUUUUGCCAUUUAUAAAUGUAUUGAAUAAAGACUUAUUAAAUAAAUUAAAUGAAAAAUAAAUCUAUUUUAAGUUCCUUAAUUCAACUGACAAAUAAACACUUCAGGAAAAUUUAAAAUGUUAAAUCAUUGGGUUUAUUUUCAUUCCUAAGUAUAAUCUUCAGAUGGAAAAUAUUUGUUUAGAUAUGAUAGUUUAAAACUGCCUUCAUAAUGCCUUAACCAUGUUUUAUGUUUAUAUUAAUAUUAGUAGAUCUUGAUUUGUACCAGAUCUUUUGGCUAAAAUUUCAUUACUAUAAUUAGUGUUAAGGUAAAUAGAUUGUAAUUUAUGUAGAUGAUUUGAGAUAAUAAAGUAUGACGCUAU